UCCAGGGACAUGACGGAGGUGGUGCACAUCAAGGACAGGAAGGAGGUGAUCCACGAGUUGAAGUUCUCCCCCGACGGGUCCCUGCUGGCGGUUGGCUCCAACGACGGGCUGGUGGACAUCUACGCUGUGGGGCAGCGCUACAAGAAGGUGGGCGAGUGCAGCCGCUCGGCGUCCUUCAUCACGCAUCUGGACUGGUCCGUGGACGGGCGCUUCCUGCAGACCAACGACGGCUCCGGGGAGCGCCUCUUCUACAGGAUGCCAGCGGGGAAAUUGGUCCCUAAAGAGGAGGCGAAGACGAUCCACUGGAUGACGUGGACCAGUGUCCUCGGCCCAGAGGUGAACGGGAUCUGGCCCAAAUACUCCAACGUCACCAACGUUAACUCUGUGGACGCCAACUACAGCAGCGCGACGCUGGUGACCGGGGACGACCUGGGCCUCGUCAAACUCUUCCGCUUUCCCUGCCUCAAGAAAGGAGCCAAGUUUAAGAAGUACAUUGGCCACUCUGCCCAUGUGACCACGGUGCGCUGGUCCAGCGACCUGCAGUGGGUGGUCAGCACCGGGGGGGCGGACCACGCCGUCUUCCAGUGGCGCUUCCUUCCCGAGGGCGUGAUGAACGGGGUGCUGGAGCCCCUCCUCCAAGAGGGUUACGCCGACUCCAACAGCGGAGAGUCGGACUCAGACCUAUCGGACGUCCCGGAGCUUGACUCGGACAUCGAACAGGAAGCUCAGACCAGCUACGAACGGCAGGUGUAUAAGGAGGACCUUCCUCAGCUCAGGAAGAAGCUGAUUGGUUCCCUGAAGCGCCAGAAAGCUCCGGAGGAGGGGCUUUGCCUGCAGUUUGUUCACGGGUACCGAGGCUUCGACUGCCGUAACAACCUGUUCUACAGCCAGAGCGGCGAGGUGGUGUACCACGUGGCGGCCGUGGCCGUGGUGUACGGCCGGCAGCAGCACGCGCAACGCUUCUACCUCGGCCACGACGACGACAUCCUCAGCCUCGCCAUGCACCCGCUCAAGGACUACGUGGCCUCGGCUCAGGUUGGCAGAGACCCGGCCGUCCAUGUCUGGGACGUCCAGACUUUGAAGUGUCUGUCGCUGCUGAAGGGACACCAUAGCAAGGGGGUGUGUGCUCUGGAGUUCACAGCCGAGGAGACCGGCAUCCUCAGGGCUGGAGGUGGGGCUGUUCUCAGCCGAGGAGACCGGCAUCCUCAGGGCUGGAGGUGGGGCUGUUCUCAGCCGAGGAGACCGGCGUCCUCAGGGCUGGAG